CGUUCUUCGCGAGCGCCUUUGCUCCGCACGAUGGGAUCGUCGGGACGGGCGAUCCCUUAGUUGACUUUGAUCUCUCCAGUUUUGCUGCUGUCGAUCGCCGGAAUGCCGGCUUUAUAAGCUGCCCUAUCGCUGCAAAAUAUCCGCGCUCUCGAUCGAUAUCGCAUCGCUCUUCCAUGGAUCCAUUCCUCUAGUAUUGGAUCACAGCAGCAGCGGCAGCGGCGGCGGCAGCUAUGGCGGCGAAUUCCAAUUCCACCUGCAAGCUCGCGUCGACGACCUCCCAUGGCAUCUGGCAGGGCGAUAAUCCCAUCGAGUUCUCGCUAUCGCUCCUCAUUGUCCAGAUUAUCCUCGUCCUCACUGUCACUCGCGUUCUUGGCCUCCUUCUCAAGCCACUGCGGCAACCUCGGGUCAUCGCGGAGAUUAUUGGUGGUGUGCUGCUGGGUCCAUCGGCACUGGGGCGAAACAGCGAUUACUUGGCGAAGAUCUUCACCAAGCAAAGCCUUUCGAUCCUCACCACCUUUGCAAACAUGGGGCUGAUGUUCUUCCUGUUCAUGGUCGGCCUGGAGCUCGAUCUGGCGUCUCUCAAGCGCACCGGCAAGCAGGCCGCCGCCAUCUCCAUCGCUGGGAUCUCUCUCCCGUUCGCGGCGGGCGUCGGGGUCUCGUUCGUGCUCCACAACACCGUCAACCCCGACACGAAGUUCAUCCCCUUCCUGGUUUUCAUGGGGGUGGCGCUCUCCAUCACGGCAUUCCCAGUGCUGGCACGCAUCCUCGCCGAGAGAAGGCUGCUCACCACCGACGUUGGAAAGAUGGCGAUCGCCGCCGCCGCUGCCAACGACGUGGUUGCAUGGAUCUUCCUCGCGCUGGCCGUGGCACUCUCCGGAACGGGACGGAGUCCGGCAGUGGCAGCAUGGAUUCUUCUCUGUGGAGUGGCGUUCGUCCUUGCGAUGUUCUUGUUCGUCAAGCCACUGAUGGCCUGGAUCGCUAGCCGCUCUCCGGCCGACCAGCCAGUCAAGGAGCUCUACGUUUGCAUCGCACUGGGGGGAGUGUUAGUGUCCGGCUUCGUCACGGACUUCAUCGGCAUACACGGCAUUUUUGGAGCUUUCGUGUUUGGGCUUAUCAUCCCUGAGGGACACUUUGCUCACGCACUCAUCGAGAAGAUCGAGGACUUCGUCAACAUUUUGAUGCUGCCCCUCUACUUCGCGGCCAGCGGCCUCCAGACCGACAUUGGCAGCAUCAGCGGAGCCCGCUCGUUUGGACUCUUGGUGCUCGUCAUCGUCACGGCUUGUGGCGGGAAGAUUUUGGGAACUCUGGCCGUGUCAAUGGCGUAUGGGGAGAACUUUCGCAAGGCGUUGACGCUGGGGUUCUUGAUGAACACGAAAGGUCUCGUGGAGCUUAUCGUGCUCAACAUCGGCAAGGAAAGAAAGGUGCUUAACGAGGAGAUGUUUGCGAUCAUGGUGAUUAUGGCGCUGUUCACGACUUUCAUCACGACACCGGUGGUGAUGGCACUCUACAAACCAGCCAGAGACCAGGUACCGUACAAGCGGAGGAAACUCAGCCGUCUCUCACCGAUGGACGAGCAAGGAAACAACCAGCUCAGGGUGCUGGCCUGCGUCCACGGCAUGAAGAACGUCCCGACAGUGAUGAACUUGAUCGAGUCGAUCCGGGGCAGCAACCGGAAGGAGCUCUUCCGGCUCUACAUCCUCCAGCUGGUGGAGCUCACGGAGCGAUCGUCGGCCAUCAUGAUGGUCCAGAGGGUCCGGCAAGACGGCCUCCCGGUGUCUCGAGCGGGGGGCUCCUCGUUCGCAGUUGUCAACGGGAUCGCGGUCGCGUUUGGAGCUUUCGCGCAGCUCAACAAGGUGACGCUGCGGUCUCUCACCGCGAUCACGGCGCUUCCAGACAUGCACGACGACAUCUGCACCACCGCGGCCAACAAGCGAGCAGCGCUCAUCAUCCUCCCGUUCCACAAGUACGCUCGCGCCGAUGGCCUCCUCGAAACCAUGCACCCGGGCUUCCAGAUUGUGAACCAGCGUGUUCUCGUCCACGCGCCGUGCUCGGUGGGGAUCCUCAUAGACCGAGGAGCUUCCGCACACCAGAUCUCCUCCAUGAACGUCAACCACAGCGUUGCGGUGUUCUUCUUCGGCGGUCCAGAUGACCGGGAGGCUCUAGCGGUGGGAAUGCGAAUGGCCGAGCAUCCAGGGAUCAAGCUCUCGGUGGUGAAGUUCCUGGUGGAUCAUCAGCAGCACCAGCAGCAAGAACAGCAGCAGCAGCAGCACGUCGUCUCGAUCGACGCUGCCGGCGGCGGCCUCCACGAUCAGCACCACCUUGGUCACAGCGGCAGGCGUUCAUCCGACUUUGCGUCCAUGAUUCCAAGGCUUACCUCGGUCGACACGGGCUACCAUAUCGCGCCAGGAACCAUCGCCAAGGAGGAGAGCGUUCUCGACGAACAGGCAUUGGCGGGGCUCAGGGAAGUCCUGGAAGAACAGAAGGACAAGGAGGAGCGUUGGAUCUUUGUGGAGGAGGUGAACGUGGACGGCGAUCCCAUCCACGCGGUGAUGGGCGUGGCCAGGAAGAACGAGCACGGGCUCCUGAUCGUGGGGAGAGGUCGCCGGCCCAUCCCGGGGAUGGCGUCACUUUCGCGGCGGCAGGCCACGUAUGCGGAGCUGGGCCCAGUUGGCGAUGCGCUGGCAGUCGCGAAUGAAGACGUGGACGAUCGCCACCAUCACCGCGACAGGCAACAGCAGGCCGUGGUUAAGGCGUCGGUGUUGGUGGUCCAGCAGUAUGAUCCGGUGCUCGUGCCUGGUAACCAUGCCGACGUGGGGACGGCGCCCACGGCCAAGGUCUCGGAGGGAACCAGCCCAUGAAAAUAGAUAAGGAAGCCCUUCUUGAUAAUAACGAAAAAAGGAAUACUUGCUGUAUAUAGAUUUAAAACUUGAUGUAUAUACU